CCUUUUUGGUUCCAACAGCAUCAUCAACUCAGACGAUGCGUGGUGGAAAUUCGCGCGGCGGAGGCGCUGGUCGUGCUGCCAGCAGCAGUAACCGUGGUGGUAGCCGUGGUGGUAGCCGAGGCGGCAGCUUUGGUGGUAGCGGCAGUAGUGGCGGUGGUCGAGGCCGAGGCGGUCGCGGUCGCGGAUCCGGCUCGAGCAGCAACAGCAGAGGACGAGGUGCGUCGUCUGGAGGCGGCGGCGGUCGAGGCGGUCGAGGCGGAUUCCGAGGCGGUCGCGGCGGUGGUCGAGGCGGCAAGUCGCACGGCGGCCACAAUGACGACGACGACGAUGGCUACUUUGAAGAGGUGCGCCAAGACAAUCACACACAUGCGGCUGGUUUCGCGGGCAACGGCGGAUCCAAGCACCAACAGCAGCAGCAGGAGGACGAGGAUCCGGAGAACGACGAUGGCGGCUUUGGCUCGUUUGAUCCGAACGCGUGGACGAACGCAAACCAACAGCGCUACGGCGAUGCUGACGAUGACGAUAAUGACGACGGUAGCGACGGCGACAAUGGCCGAUCUGGCAAGACAACCAAGGGCAGCAAGCGAAGAGCUCAGGAUGGCAACGACGACGACGAGGACGAUGGCAGCAGCGACGAGGACACCGACGAGUUUGCCAACCUCCCUGCCUUCCCAUCUGCAGGCAAGGGCUCGGGCAAGCAGCAAGCGAGCAAAGCAAAGAGCCGCGGCAAACAAGACGAGGAUGGCAGCGACGACGAAAGUGCCGUCAACAACGCCAAAGCCCAGAAUCGCAAAAAGUCAUCCGGCGGCUUCCAAUCGCUGGGAUUGUCGUACAACAUUUUCCGUGCGAUCGGCAAGAAGGGCUACAAGGUUCCCACGCCCAUCCAGCGCAAGACGAUGCCCUUGCUGCUCGAAGGCAAGGACGUUGUUGCCAUGGCGCGCACUGGUUCUGGCAAAACUGCCGCCUUCCUCGUGCCGUUGCUUGAAAAGCUCCAGUCGCACGUUCCCGGCACUGGCUGUCGAGCACUCAUCCUGUCGCCCACGCGUGAGUUGGCCAUGCAGACACACAAGUUUUGCAACGAUCUGUCCUCGUUCACCAACCUGCGCACCCGGUUGAUUGUCGGUGGUGAGUCGCUUGAACAGCAGUUUGCUGCCAUGCACGAAAACCCCGACAUUGUGAUUGCAACCCCCGGUCGCUUCCUGCACGUCGUGAUGGAAAUGAACCUGCGAUUGCAGGCUGUGCAGUACGUGGUCUUUGACGAAGCCGAUCGUCUGUUCGAAAUGGGUUUUGCCGAGCAAUUGAGCGAGCUGCUGGCCCGCUUGCCCGAAGGUCGUCAGACAUGCUUGUUCUCGGCCACGCUUCCUCGCAUGUUGGUGGACUUUGCGCGUGCUGGCCUCCAAGAUCCAGUGCUCGUUCGUCUCGACGUGGACACCAAGAUUAGCGAGAAUCUCUCCUUGGCGCAUUUCAUUGUGCGCAAGGACGAGAAGAUUGGCGCGCUGAUUCACGUUCUCACCAACCUCAUCAAUACGACGACCGAGCAGUCGAUUGUGUUUGUCGCCACGCGUCACCACGUCGAGUUUAUCUCACUGAUUCUGACCUCCUUCGGCCUGUCGGUGGCGUCCAUCUACGGUUCCAUGGACCAGGCUGCUCGUAAAAUUAAUCUUGCAAAGUUCCGCUUGAACAAAGCGAGCGUCAUGGUUGUCACAGAUGUUGCUGCUCGUGGUAUCGACAUUCCCUUGCUCAACAAUGUCAUCAACUAUGACUUCCCCGCCAAGCCCAAGCUCUUUAUUCACCGCGUUGGUCGUGCUGCCCGUGCUGGCCGAACCGGUGUCGCCUAUUCCCUCGUCCAGCCCGACGAACUUCCCUAUGUGCUCGAUUUGCAUCUCUUUUUGGGCCGCCCGCUUGUCCUGUCCACUGGCGAGCGACGAACCGUGUCUGGAGCAACCCCCUCUGGUCAGAAAAUCCUGCCGGGCAUCUCCCCAGACGAAACCGUGCUCGGCAGCAUUCCCAACGUGCUGCUGGCCGAUGCUGUGGAAGAGUCCAAGCAAAAGAUUGCCGCUUCCUUUGACAUCCAAUCGCUGGUGCGUGUGGUCACCAACGCCUAUCAGCUCUAUUCAAAGUCGCGUCCCCUGCCUGCGGCCGAGUCUGUUGGGCGUGCCAAGGACAUGAUGAGCGGGACCAUUCCGCCCCACCCGUGCUUCUUGAACGAGAUGGAUGACGCUGAAAUUGCCCGAUCCACCGUGCUCGACCAGCUUCACAGCUUCAAGCCUCGAGGCACCAUCUUUGAGAUUAACAGCGGCUCAUCCAGUGCCUCUGGUGCCGGUGGCAAGAACAACAAGGACCAGAUGGUCAUGAUUGCCAAGCGCGAGGAGCACGCUGCCACGAUCAGCCGGUUUCACGAGAAACGCGAAGGCCGCCAAGCAUUCUCCAGCUUGGCGACUCUGUUUAGCAAGCCUGCCGCUUCCAACAACGUGCCUGCUGCGAUGGCUGUGGAUGAUGGUGCCGAUGACGACGCCGUCUCCCGCGGUGCCAAGCGUCGCACGCUCGAGAUGAGCACGGAUGCCGAACUGAGUGCAGUGUUUGGACAACAAGUUGGCAAGGGUGUCAAGCGGACUGCCACUACCGACACUCCAGCUGUCCAAGACGCUCGCAAGAAGACCAAGGUGGCCGAGAGCGACGACGAAAGCGGCGAUGACAGUGACGAUUUUGACGAGGAGCCCGAAGACUCGGACGAAGGCUCGGACGACGACGACGAUGAGGCUGCUGAUCACGAGCAAGACCAGAAGGCUCACGCCAAGCGCUUUGACAGCGACGACGAUGACGACAAUGAGGAUCCUCGAGUCAAGCACAUUCGUAGCAGUGCGAAUGCAGCGCACAGCGAAGGAGACGACGACCGAUUUGCCGCUUUGCCUGCGUUGCGUCGGGGUGGCAACCGCCCCAUUCUUGCGGCCACUGGUCGCAUGCGCGAUCGCGAAUUCUACAUUCCGUACCGCUCCAAGGAUGCCCACCAAGAGGGCGGCUACUCGAUGCGCGAGCGCGAAGGCACCGCUGGCUUUGAGACGGCCGCCUCUGAAGCUGUGCUCGACCUGGGCGGCGAGGACGCCGACACGAUGCGUGCGCACAAGAGCCUGAUGCGCUGGGAUCGCAAGAAGAAGAAGUUUGUGCGCGUGAACGCCAACGAGUCGAACGACGGCAAGAACAAGAUGAUUCGCACCGAGAGCGGCGCCCUGGUGCCCGCCAGCUACAAGAAGGACUUGUACAAGGAAUGGAAGAACAAGCACCAUGUGCAGGGCAUUGCCGGCCGCGAUGAGCUUGACGCCAAGUCCGCCUUUGGCGUGGACACGAGCGGACCCCAGCGUGUCGGCAAGCGCUUCAAGCACAUGCAGGGCACUCCUGGCUACAAGAGCGCCACCCCAGGCCCGGCCAAGGGCGGGUCGGCGCACCCAGAGCUCAAACCGACCUCGCAGCUGCUCAAGCAGCGUGAGAAGAAGGAUCGCGAAGAUCGUCGCGUUCGUAUCAUGCAUGCCAAGUCUGGCAAGCGUUCUGGCAGCGGCGGUGGUCGCGGCGGCGGCGGUGGUGGUCGCGGUGGUGGCAGCCGAGGCGGUCGUGGCGGUCGUGGCGGUCGCCGAUGAAUGAUGCUGUUGAGCAAUGUGCGGCUGUUUCUUCUUUUGUGUUUUUGUUUUUGUUUUUCGUUGUGGUGGUUGUUGUGAGCAGUGGGAGUUUUGUUCAGCUCGAAUGCAAGAUUUUUUCUGAUGAAGC